ACUAUUCGGGGUGUAUAAAAGCAAAGCAAAUCAGAGAUUAAAUCGAGUCGCUGGGAGGAAUCUACUAGAGCAAAUAACACUUUAAGCUGAUGAUCAUGUCAUACGGUGGUAGAAUGAACGGUGCUUUUGUAGUACUUCUCUGCAUGGUAUCAUGUAUUAUUCAUGUUGCCGAGAGCAGUCAUUGUUCGGCGAAUAAUUUGCCUGAUGGAUUCGUUUACGACGCAACACUCGAUUCUUGCUAUUAUUUUAUGUACCUUGCCACUGGAACAUGGUUCGAGGCUGAUGGAGUUUGUUCUCGAAUGAAUUCUCAACUUGUCGCAAUAGAGACUGCAGCAGAACAGACAUUUAUUUGGAAUAAAAUAACAGCGGAUGGCCAAACCUCAAAAAUGUAUUGGACAGGAGGCAACAACCUUGAUGCCCAGUGGAGAUGGAAUCGUCUAGGUGCUACCUCUCUGAACAGUGUCGGUUACACGAACUGGAAUGUGGGGGAACCAAACGUUGUAUACCCUGAAUACUGUUUGGAAUUAUCAACAGGAGGGGGAUGGAAUGAUCUUUCAUGCGAAUUGGAACGCAAUUUCAUCUGCGAAUAUAAUCAUUGAAUUAAACAUGUAAUUCAUAUAUUCUUUCAAUAAAAUUGGUGAUACAUUGAGUCAUCAUAGAAUUAAUAA